AUCCACUCAGGAAUAUGAGUCCGUCUGCAGAGUCAAAAGCCUUUCAUGUGGGAGCCUGUGACAAUCUGUGAGUUUGAGAGGAAUCUGCUUUCUUUCUCUGCCGUCAGGAACCCAGAGUUCUCUCUUUUCACGGAUUAUUCAUCCACUCAGCAUGGGAGCUUAUUGCUAGAAAUGCCAGAGGCAAGUCCAUUCGUAGGUAACACGCCCUCCUAAACUGCGUUUCCCUCCAAGCCAGAGGAUUUGGAUUUGUCUACAGCUGCCUCCGCUGUCUGCUUGUGACAUAUGGCUUUGUGAAAGGAUCUUUAAUUUGGGCCUCUAAUUAACAAUUACACAUCGGCUCUGAGCCACGAGACACUGGAGUAAGUUCAAGAUGGCCACCUCCAUGCAUCCACUUUUGAUGAACGUGUUGCUGGCCAUUCUCCUGGGUUUGACCUCUCUGGGUGGACUGAGCUCUCGGUCGUCUGGUCAGGCUUUGGCCCAGGUCUCCGCCAACAACCAGACUGAGUCCUCUAUGUUGUCAGAGGCCGCCCUGGCUACGCCCACACCAGAAACCGAGGACCAAACAGCUCCGAGCAACGGCAACAGAUGCUGGGGUUACUACGAUGUCAUGGGCCAGUGGGACCCUCCCUUCAACUGUAACGCGGGUAUCUACCUGUUCUGUUGCGGCUCCUGCUUCUACCGCUUCUGCUGCCAGUUCAAAAUUCACAGUUUGGACCAGACGUCCUGUUCCAACUAUGACACACCUGUGUGGGCUAACACCGGGAAACCGGCGGCACCCGUCACGGAGGUCCACGAGGAGCCAGACCGGGAUCGGACCCACAUGAUCGUGUAUAUUAUCUGCGGAGUGGUGGCCAUCAUGGUGUUGGUCGGGAUUUUCACCAAGCUGGGGCUGGAGAAGAGUCAAGGAGGACAGACUGACAUGACCAACUCCAGGACUCUGACAGAGCUUCUGAAGCAGCCAGGAGAGGCAGGAGUGGUGGACGGAACCGGGGUUCAUCAUCCGAUAGGCACCAACGGCAUCUCCGCCAGGGCACUGCGCGCCAACAACG